GUUAAAUGCUACAUUCAUGGAGUUCAUUUAGAAAAUCAGUAUUCAUGAGCGAUUCUUGACAACCUCCCAGUAUAAACGUGACUGCUACAAGACAUCAUGUGCCUUCAGGCAGAGAGAGUGGUGAAAACACACUGGUCGUAAAUCUGUAAACGGAUCAUGUAUCCUUGCUUUCUAUGCUGAGGGAGAUGUUAUGGAUGCAGAGGAUUACAUGUAAUUGCGCUUAAAAUCAGUGCGUGCAUGGAAUGACAAUGAGCGGUGUCCUCGUCCGUGAUCAGAGAGUUUGGUAACAUAUUCCCCAAACAGGCAGGUUGCAUUGAGAUGUCACCGUCACCCCAGCCCGCCAUCCAUUAUUCAUCAUCCCACUGUCUCCGGUUUAAACAGUGUCGGAGCACACGGGAGCGCAUCCCGGCGGGGAAUUAAGAGUUUACGCAAGGCUUUCCGAGGAGGACGGUGCGUGCACGGUCCGCCGCAUCCAUAAUUGAGGUGAGGAGAGCCCACCUAGGUGCAGCUGUGCGGCGCUUCGACAAACAGUCAUUUCACGCUCGCAGGAGCGGGUAAAACAAAUCGCUCUCCAAACACACAUACACACACAUGCAGAGGGAAGUACAUAGAACCUCCUGCAGUUCCAUUCCAGUAGACUGCCAUCCAGCCGUGCUGCAAGAGGUGUGAUUUGAUUUUCAACUUGAGGAAACAUUUAAUGGAAACAACUCUCUCUCUCUCACUCGGCUUUCCUUGGCUUGAUUGCAUUUCCCUAGAGAGAGAGAUGAUAUAUCUGUGAUCCCAUACAUCCUGCUUCGUAUUUCAUUUUGAUUUGAUACAUUAAGGAACUCACCUCCACCUUGUAUGAGAUAUCAAUAUUUGGAGCCAUUCAUCAUUCAUCAUGAAUUUCGAUUACUCUUGCUGGUAACAUUUGAAGGGCACCAUAGAGAUUCAAACAUAUGGUUGUAACCAAACAGCUCCUCCCACAGAUUUUACAAAUUGAUUUCAUUCCAGCCUUUUGCUGUCGCCGAUGAAACAGCAUCAUGGCUAUGCUCCAGAUAAUUCUUCUGUUGUUUUUCAUGAUAUGUUCCUUCCUAACCCCGGCGUAUCUUUCGCAAGAAUCAGCAGCACAACAAUGGAACUAUUGCGUCGUCGGGGCAGGUCCCUCUGGCCUACAGAUGGGGUUCUUUCUGGAGAGGGCGGGGCGCAAUUAUGUCAUUUUUGAGAAGGCAAACAUCAGUGGGGCGUUUUUCACCACCUAUCCUCGACAUCGGAAGUUGAUCAGCAUCAAUAAGAGACAUACUGGAAAGACAAACAAAGAGUUUAAUAUGAGGCAUGAUUGGAAUUCUCUCCUGAGUGAUGAUGAAAGUUUACUAAUGAAGCAUUACUCCAAGGAGUUUUUCCCUGAUGCUGAUAUUUACGUCAAAUACCUGAAUGAUUACACAACCAGACUAGGCCUCAAUGUCCAGUGUAACACAGAGAUAUCCAAUAUAGCUAGACAUGACCUACCUAAUAUGAAUGGACAGUACUUUACUAUGCAAGAUCAGAACGGCAAUGGAUACCAAUGCAGAGUAAUGAUCAUCAGCACAGGUAUGCACAUGCCCAACAAUCCACUGUUCCCAGGGCAUGAACACACAGAUGGCUACGAAGACAUGUCUCUGGACCAGGACGACUACGAGGGAAAGAGUGUUCUCAUCCUUGGGCGCGGUAACUCCGCCUUUGAGACCGCAGACCACAUCAUAGGCUCCACCAACGUAAUCCACGUCAUGGGCAGGUCAAGGGUCAAAAUGGCAUGGGAAACGCAUUAUGUUGGGGAUCUAAGGGCUAUCAACAAUGGGUUGUUGGAUACCUACAUGCUAAAGUCUUUAGACGGCUUGUUAGAGGCAGACCUAUCUGAGCUAUCCAUCCUAAAAAGAGAAGAUGGCCGUCUUCAGCUUGUCCCUCUUGAACAUGAUGAGAUGGAUCUGUCAUCGAUAAACAGGGUCUCCAUUGAUAACUUUGCGUUGAGGGAGCCCUACGAUAAAGUGAUCCGCUGCCUUGGUUUUACGUUUGAUUUCUCUAUAUUUAAUAAUUCUACAACACCUCAGGAAGGGACCAAAAAACGAACCAAGAAGUACCCUUAUGUGAAAGCCAAUUACGAGGCCUCAGGAAUCAGGGGAAUGUUCUUUGCAGGGACCAACACCCAUUCUAUUGACUUCAAGAAGUCAGCAGGAGGAUUCAUACAUGGAUUCAGAUAUACAACACAAGCAUUACAUAAAUUGCUUGAAUGGCGAUACCACAAUAAACCCUGGCCAUCAAUUCGACUGCCGAUGAUGGAGCUAUUAGAUCGUUUAAUCAGACGUCUAAACGAGGCAUCCGGUCUCUAUCAGAUGUUUUAUGUAUUGGGUGAUGUUGUUUUACUCCACAAAGAUACCAUGGAGUUUGAAUAUCUUGAGGAAUUCCCAACUCUCAUGUUGCCAUGGUUACAAAAAGCAUCAGGUCACAACCAUACAGAAGUUCUUGUGGUGAUUAUGGAGUAUGGUAAAAACUUUUCAGGUGCAGGGAAGGAUGUCUUUAGAUCAAACCGGGCAGUUGGAGAGCCCGAAGAUGGCCAUCUAUCCAACUUCCUUCAUCCUGUUAUCUACCAUUACAAGAGAAUCCCAACCCUAGAGGAGAUGAACAAUCGCUCCAAAUGGGAGACCAUCCCCAAACCAGAUUCCAUCCAUCAUUUUGUUGAGGAUUUCUUGACCGACUGGUCAGCGCCCAACAGCCACAUCCUGGUGUUCCGUAGGUUCCUGGAGAAGGUACUUGGGAAGGACAUGCGCUACUUCUUUGACCACCAGUGUCUCCAGUUAUCCCUGACCCAUGCCCAGCUACCCCUCUCUUGCCAGCACUACUGGGCCAACGGUCAGGGGUUACCGGCCACUCAGGCCAUGAUGGACAGCACAGCUCACAUGACAUGGUUCUGAGGGUCACAAUUGCCACUUCCUUUGCAGUACUCCAGUUUAGAAGCCUUAGGAACAUGAUUAACUCCUGUUUUCAGAAACAUUUGUGCUAUUUUUAGGUGUCAAAAUGGUUUGCUUUGCAUUUGGUCUAACAUGUCUUAGUUCUUCAAAUACAUCAAGUUACCACUGUUUUUUUUUUUUUUUUUUUUUGGGGGGGGUUUUGUAAAUCUUUAUUUUAUUAACAUCUUGCUUUGUUACAUCAUCUUGCUAUGGUACAUCUUGCUAUGGUUUUAACAGGGUUCUUUGUCCCGUUCUGUGCUAAAGUUUGGUUUUGUUUAUUCUUGUGUGAAAUGACUUUCACAGACAAUAAUUGUUGAGAUAUUAAUCCCUUUUCUUCUCAAGAUCUGAUAUUAAAUGCUUUUGCAAUGAUCUGGUUGUUCAAAAUUCCUUUAGUUCAUUCUAUAUGCUAAGUAUGUUUGUGUUGUUUUGUAUAGAUCUGUAGUAUGGAAUAUAUUUAUCUGACAUCUUGACUGAACAAUAUAUUAUAAACAGGGUUUUAGAUAUACAUAGAUAUAUUACAUAGGUUAUGUAGAUUUGAUUCAGUGAUAGGUCAAUACGGCAACAAAUGAUCAUAGCGACACAAAUCGCGAUUGUUAUAUUUGACAUCACCUCAGUGAAUGUAACUGUGUUGUAUUUUAAACGGCGGCGGUAUAUUCACCGAGUUGAUUUCACUUGGUGCUUAAAGGCUGUGUAAUUAAGUAUUUUGAUUGAUGUACACCCUAAUGUGAGUGCGUAGAAUGAAUGAAGCGCAGGGUCGCUGUGUUUUUCUAGAAUGACGUAGAUGGAUCAGAGCAGCAGCAAGCAUUGCACGUGUACCCUAAAGACAAUGCACACUCUGAUGGUAAAUUUACAUAGACUAUAUAACAUAUAUUGUAACAUUUCAACUACCUUCGAAGCUAUAUUAUCCCCUUGGGAGAAUAUUUCCCUCCGUGAUUUGUGCUUCAGGCAAAAUAUAAUCCCUUGGGGCAAAAUAUAACUCUUUUAUGGAAAUAAAAUGUUAUAUUCAACCACCAGGUAGGCAAUAUCUGUAUAAUAUUUCAUUCUGUGCAUCACUUUGAAUGUGAACAUAGUUGAGAGAAAUAAAAUUAAUGAUGUCAGAUAGUUGGCGCUAUAUAAAUUCCUAUUAUUAUUAUUUUACAUUUUUAAUGUAUGUAGCAUGCAGGUCUUGCUUGAUAGGUAACAUGUGGAAAAACUUAAGUGCUUUUUCUAGAAUUGCCUUUUUCAAAGUCUUAUAACAUUCAAGUAAAAUCAUGCCAAUUCACAUGUGCCAAAUUUCUUAAAAAGUUUAUAUGACAAUGAAUAUAUCAUUAUUACAUUUGAUGGAUGAAUAUUCUGGAAUUUGGUGACUUCUACAACUAUCUUAAUCAUCUCAGAGCCCAGUCCUUUUGACACAUUUUUUGAGUAUGAGAAUUAUUUUUUUGUUAAGACUAGACCAAAUGUGUAUGCCCAUCAUUUAUCCCUAUAUCUAUACAACUAUAUGUAGUCUAGUUCCCAUGAAACUAUUGAGUUCUUUUCAUUUAUCCAACUUUGUGUGCAAUUCUUUAGUAUUUAUUAUUUGUACAUAAUAGAUGUCUUAUUUUAAUGACGGCACACAGGUUUAUUUUUCUGUUAGUAUGUUAACAUUCUCGUAUAGCAGAUAAAAGGAAGCAGUAUUAUACCCAGCUCCUUAUCUGUGAUGACAAUAAAAAGGUUCAUUCUGUAAAGUGAUAAUGGUAACUGCGCCAUUAUGACUGCUGCCAUGGAAACCUUGAUUUGAGUUUGAGUUUUGAGUGUGAAGCUUUUUUUCCAUGGUAAUUGCCAAAAUUGUAAGGUUUCCAUAAUUUAAGUCCUGAGGGGGGGGGGGGGGGUGGGCGUCCAAAAGAAUAUUGAAUUACAGUUUUUUACAGGAUAAUGUAAAAUAUCAAUGUAUCCCCCAAAUUCUUCAUUUCUUACACUCAUCUGGAGAUUUUAGUCAAUAUUGAUUUUUUGAUUAAUAUUCUUUUGAGAAAUCGUAAAAUGUCAGAUAUCUCUUUUUGUGUUCUUUGAUUUUCUCUUUUUUUUUCUUCAAUGAUAAUGAUAGCCUAUUGCAUAAAUAAAUUAUGACUUUUAUUUUUAUGCUGAAAAUCGUGCUAAUUAGUAAGUUGUUGGGGCCUUUUGGAUUUCCAUUCAAGUUAUCAUAUUUUACACUCUCAAAUUAUUCACUAUUUUUCCUUUUGAAUUAGAAAUAAAUGUGAAAUAAAUUGUGACAUGAAUAUUAAAUCUACUUAAAUACCUGUGGUUACUACACUUACCAAUGAAACCAUGUUAUGUUGUCUUUAGUUGAUAAUGAAGUGCAUUUAAACAAGGUUUGGAGGGAAAUAGAAAUUGUUUUAUAGAUACAUGUGAAAUUUUUGUUUAUAUUAGAUAUUAGAUUUUGUGAUUGUUUACCUCGCAAUUGUUUAUGAUUUGCAUAAUUUGAGAAUGCUUUCAGUUUAUAGUAAAGUGAGUCUUAUUUUGUUCUG